UCAGAGGUAUUCGUAUUGUAUUGGUUCAAGCUUGUUGAAUAUGAGAGUAGGAAAAGCACAAGCAGUUCAAAACUUAGCAGACAUAAAAAGUUGAAUUGCAUGAGUCAUUAUUGUUGACUUUCAAGCGAAUGGCCUUUCUCGAACAAUAAAAGCAGUUCCCGCCAAAGGUUGAAUCUUACUGCAAUCUCGCGACCACUCUCCAGUAGCUGUCUUUCAGGGAAUUUGCUCCUCUUCUGGUUGUGCAUAUGAACAGAGGGAGCCGAGAGGUUGAGCGGAGGAUUCUCCGUCUUCUCCACGGUCACAAAUCUCGAACCCAUCUCACUCAAAUCCAUGCCCACAUCCUUCGCCACCAUCUUCACCACUCCAACCAGCUCCUCUCCCACUUCAUCUCCAUCUGCGGUUCCCUUAAUAAAAUGCUCUACGCAUCCCUCGUCUUCCAGCAUUUUCACAACCCCAACAUUUUCCUCUUCAACUCCAUGAUCAAAGGCUACUCCUUAUGUGGCCCGUAUCAAAAUUCUAUCUCCUUAUUUUCCACCAUGAAACAACGUGGCAUUUGGCCUGAUGAGUUCACUUUCGCCCCUUUACUUAAAGCUUGUUCUAAUCUUGAGGAUCUGAAAUUGGGUCAGAGUGUGCAAAAGAAUGUGCUUGCACUUGGGUUUGAGAGAUUUGGGUCGAUAAGGAUUGGGAUUAUUGAGCUGUAUUGCGGUUGUGGGAGGAUGACGGAUGCUGAGAAGGUGUUUGAUGAUAUGUCUCAUAGAGAUGUGAUUGUUUGGAAUUUGACGAUUAAGGGUUAUUGUAAAAGCGGAAAUGUGGAUAUGGGGUUUGGUCUAUUUAGUCAAAUGGGUGAGAGGACAGUUGUCUCUUGGAAUUUGAUGAUUUCGUCAUUAGCUCAAAAUGGGAGGGAGAAGGAGGCGCUGACACUUUUUGCUGAGAUGAGGAAUAGUGAGUUCGAGCCCGAUGAAGCUACGGUUGUUACGAUGUUACCUGUUUGUGCUCAUUUAGGAGAAAUUGAUUUGGGAAGGUGGAUUCACUCUUAUGUUAAGUCUAAGGGUCUCUAUCCUGAUCUCGUAUCCGUUGGCAAUGCAUUGGUCGAUUUCUUUGGAAAAUCUGGUGAUUUGGAAGCUGCUUUUACAAUAUUCAAGGACAUGCCUCGGAAAAAUGUAGUUUCUUGGAACGCCAUGAUAUCAAACUGUGCUUUUAAUGGUAAGGGUGAAUUGGGAGUUAAAUUGUUUGAUGAGAUGUUAGAUGAAGAUGUGAGACCUAAUGAUUCAACUUUUGUGGGCGUUCUAGCAUGUUGUGCCCAUGCAGGUUUGGUUCAAAGAGGUGGAGAUUUGUUUGAUUCGAUGAUUGGAAAUCAUGGUAUAGAGCCUACACUUGAGCAUUACGGAUGUAUGGUUGAUCUUCUAGGUCGUGGGGGUUGUCUAAAGGAGGCUCAUAGACUGGUGAAAACCAUGCCAAUGGAACCAAAUGCUGCUAUAUGGGGUGCAUUGGUUAGUGCUUGUCGCACUCAUGGUGAAAUGGAGCUGGCCGAAUAUGCACUUAAGGAACUUAUAAAACUUGAACCUUGGAAUUCUGGUAACUAUGUAUUGUUAUCCAAUAUUUAUGCUGAUAGAGGAAAAUGGGAAGAAGUUGAAAAGGUGAGAAUGUUGAUGAGGGGAAAUAGCAUUAAGAAAGCACCAGGACAGAGCACGGUUGUUUGAUUAUUUGAUGCACUUUAUCAGGACAUAGCUGCACCCAAUAGGAUGAGGGGAACUAUUGGGUGUUGGCUUCUUGCAUCAAGAUAUGAUCCCUUCUAUAAACAGCUCUUUCUAAUUGAUUCCCUUCUGCAAAGUUAUGCAACGAGUGAAAAUAACUCUCAAGGAGAAGAAACAUAUUGAAGGGACCUUAACGAGGAUUUUGACCUUUCUUUGACAGUCUUUGGACUUUGAGUGCAUGAAAGUAAUUUGAACUGAAAACAGCUUAGCUUGGAUUGUCAAAUUAAAUGAUAUGCAAGCUAAAGAGCUCUGAUUUUGAGAAACAAUGCCUAUAGGCACUGGCUGCUGACUGCUCAGCUCUUGGAUCGGAUGAUGCAAGUGUCAAGUGAAAAGGAACUCCCUUUGCACCCCCUUGUGCUUUAUUACACAUACAAGUACCUUUUUCUUAUCAGUCCUCCAUAAGACAAUAGUCAAAUUUGGUGACUAGUAUUUUAGUGUUCACUCUCUCAUGUAUGGCUUUAGCUCCGAGACUGGAAUUUGGUUGAGCCAUUUUCCUGCCUUUUACCUUUGGGAUUUAACUGUUUUGUCUCUCCUUUUUUCUUGGGAAACUUGAAAGCAAGAGAGGUUGAAUUG